AUGGAAGCAUUAGCAACGGAUAAAGAGAUCGUGACGAAAAAUGAAGAGCGGAACGAAAAUGGCAGUGAUCUUCUAAUCGGGUUGUCAACCUUAAAAGAGCAGGAAGGAGAGGUAACUUAUGAAAAGAAAGAAGACGCAGAGAUAUCUAUGCAUAUGAACGAGCAAGAUAAAUUAGACGUACCAUCAUUGGUAGAAAUAUGCAAACAACAAUUGAUAGUAAUUUUAAAGGACAUGUCUGCCGAAUCGAUCAAUUCGGAUGAAAAAACUUCCUUCAUGUAUCACCUAAAUAGGUUAAGAAAUGCAGUAACCGUUGUGGAUUUGCAUAACUAUAUAGCCGUAUUUGGCCCGUGCCUAAGUUAUAACAAAUUGCCUUCCACGUGGAACAUAUCUGUAAGCGACUACUUAAAGCAGCAGUUGAAUAUACUUCGUGCUGCGGAUUCACAACAGAAUGCAGGUAACUACGUUAGUUACUUGGAAUUACAUAACGAUUAUGAUGAUAUUUUAAGUGACAAAAAAGGAAACAUAAUCACGGCGGCUAGUAAGUACAUGCAAGGGAUCGCUAAUUCGAAUAACAUAAAGGCCCAUCUGUCCAUAAAGGGGAGUAACAUACAUAUCAAUUCUGCCAACAGUACGAGUAAUGUUAGGGGGGAUGUAAAUGGAAAUUCCACUGGUAAUAUUAGUGUGAAUACGGAAGGGGGAAAUCUAGGAUCCUUUACCCUAGGUGAUCAUGAAGAUAGCAACAUUGUAGAGGACUAUUAUGACUGUCUCAUGAGGGCCAAGUUAUCAGAUGAUUCGCCAAAUUGUUUAAAAUAUAUGAUGAGUUCGAAGAAUGAUUCGCUAACCAAUGCGGAGGUGGAAAAUGUGAUAUCGUACUUGAAAAAGUAUGAAGUGAAAUCGAAUAAAAAUUACUGCAGUUUGGAGGAGGAGUUAAAAUAUAGCAGAGACUCAGAUUUUGACUACCAGGAGGAUUACCUGAAGGAUAAGACUUUAUACGACUCCGACUUGGAUGACAAUAAUUUAUUCGAUAGCAACCUGAUAGGUAGCAACAGAAACAUGAACGACAGCAGUAGCAGCGUGGGGAAUCUAAAUUUGAGCAUUCCCAAUAGCGGCUCGGCAAACAAUAAUAACAGCAACAAUUUGAGUAGUAAAAAUUAUAAUAUAAAAUAUGAUUCAUUGAAGAAGAAUAACAGCGAUGUUAUGAACACAUGGGCGAGGGCAUGCACGGAGGGACAUCCUGAAUAUCUGCCUAGAAUUCCUGGGGUUCGUUUCAAUCCAAAGAAGCAACAAUGGCUAGCUGCUUGGAAUGAUAACACCAGGGAGAUCAGAAGGUAUUUCUCCGUUAAGCAAUACGGUUUUGAACAAGCCAGAAUUUUAGCCGUGAAGGCUAGACAAGAAGCUGAAAAAGCAGGCGCUAGGUGCAAACCCAUGUUCCACGUUCAUGGAAGGAAAACAAUGGAAAACACGCCAAACGAUGUUAUGAAGAGUAGCAAUGAUAUGAUGAUGGAGGAUGGCACCAUGGGGCAUAACAACGCAGGAGGGAACAACAUUGCAGGAAGUAACUUGGGUGGCAAUAUGGGCAUGCUAAGCAGUAGCGCAAAUAAUGCGGCCCACCUAGGCACGAACGUAGCCAUGAACAAUGGAGGUAUGUCCGCAGGAGGAACACACCAACAUAUGAUUAAGAAAGAUUUAUUGAAAAAUGAAAAUAACAAAGGAGUUAAGCGAGGAAGGGGGAGACCUCCUAAGAGAAAACUGAGUGAAAAUUCGCAACUUUCGCUAGACGAUAUGGAGCAGACCCUAUGUAGGAAUGGAGAAAACGCAGAAUUAAUGGAAGCCAUGGAUUCUUUUGAUAAGAGCUGUACCAGACCGAUGAAGGGAGUAUCCUACAAUGAUCGAAAGGGUUCCUGGCUAGCCUAUUGGUCCAUAGGGAAGAAUUUCCAGAUGAGGAGAUUCCCCAUAAAGAAGCUAGGUUUUGAAAAGGCGAAGGAGCUAGCCAUUCAGUGCAGAUUAGAAGCAGAACAAGCAGGAGCAACAACCACGGAAAAUAGAACCAAAAGAAUUAGAAACUUGCUAAACAUGAAUUCGGAAAAUACAGUAGAUGGAAUGAUGGAUAUGAAUUCCCUAGACCAGGAUGAUAACCUAAAUGAUACGAAUAAAAGUUUCAAUGGAAAUAUGCUAAUGUCCCAGAUGCAUUACUAUAAUGCACACGGAAUGAACAGCAGUAAUAUGCACCCAGGGAAAAUGCCACAUAGUGAUUGUCAGGAAAGCGAAAAUGAUUUUUCGCCUACGAAGAGGACAAGGGCACCUAGAGGAAGAAGAAUGGAAAGCUUAACAGCUCGUGCGAGUGCCCUAACCCCAGUAGAAGGGGUUCGAUUCGACCCAUAUUCCUACUCCUGGUUCGCCAAAUAUUUGGAAAAUGAGAAUUCCAAAGAACCCAAAAUAUCCAAGUACCUUCUAAAAAAAUGGGGGUUCAAUAAGGCACACAGUUUGGCUGUUCAUACGGUAAAAUGCGCCUACAAAGCUGUGCCCUUUACAGACGAGGAGCUGAUUAACAUAUUUAAUGUGGACUCCAAAAAUCUUGGAAACAAUCAGAACAGCUUAAUGAAUUUGCCAUUUAAGGAUACGUAUGGAAAUAACGCAGGAGCGAAUGGAAAUGCUUACAACAACAACAACAACAACAAUAACAACUACGGUGCAAUGGGCGUCUCCAAUUCGGCAAAUGGUGCGCUUAUGGGCAACAUGGGCUACAUGAAUGGUACCAUAGGCGGGAACGUUGCCAUGGACCAUGGUUUGAGUGGCAUGCCUAUUAGCGGGGUUGGCGAUGGCAACUUCGCGCAGAAUAUGGGUGCCUACAAAGGAGGCGUAAACAACACACAUGAUAUCAUGAACAACAUAGGCAACAGCGGUACGGAGAAAAACGCAGAUAUGAGUAACAUGAAUGAAGAAGCAUCGACUGUUGGAAAUGGAAGUAGUAACAACGCAAACAACCUACAGAACAGCAUGCUAAAAAAUGUCGACGGCGCCAACAAUGUGAAUGCUCCUAGCAAAAUGGACGUAAUGAACAGCUGCACGUAUAACUACAAUAGUGGGAAUAGUGCCGUAAACGACAGCGCAGCGGGGGGAGGAGCAGCUAGCCAAAAUAAUUACCACAACGGGGGGUUAUUACCCAACAAUGGAAUUAUUGCCGGUAGCAGUUUAGGUGAGAACAAUGUAAACGGUACAUCUGAUGUCAUGGAUAAUACAACCAUGGCAAAUGGCGUAAACGCGUAUAUGAGUGAACAGGUAGGGUUAAAUGCAAACUACAGUGGAAAAAGUUUCCCCUCGGGGGAGGUGUUAGUUGCUCCGGGUGCAUCUUCAGCAACGUUGGACGAUGAAAAUGCAAAGGUGUUAAAUAAAGCGCACCUAAUGGAAAGUAGUGACAGCGCAGGAAAUAACGCCAGUGGGGGUGUCACCCAGAAUAGUAAUGUAGAUAAUUAUAUAAUCAGUAGCGAUAGUUUAUUAAAUAAUAACAACAGAAAGGUCAGCGCGGUUCAUGCCGGCAACAAGACGAUAGGUGCAGUUGGACCGUCACCGUUUGGCCAUCCCCACAUGGAUGACCCAGCUGCAGUGGGUGCAGUGCGAAUGAACGAAAUGCAUAUAAAUGGAGAGAAUGACGUUAACACGCAUGCAGGAAAUACCCAAUACGGCGUUGCAUCUACGGGUUCUAACAUGAACAUAGAUUCUGAACCUGCUAUGAAUAAGGGCAUGCCCAACAGCGCCAAUGGCAGCGUAAAUCUGGGAACGAACAGCACUGACAAUAAUAGUAGCGUCCUGGAGGGGCAUGAUAUAAUAGACAGUAGUAGAGAUGUGGAUCAGAGGAAGUUUGUAAAUGUUGUGAACGACUCAGGCAAUACGGAUAACGGUGUCAACAGUGACAGCGGGGCGAAUAGUAGCUAUGCUAAUAAUAGCCCCUAUGGCACAAAUGGAGGUGCCAAUUUUAACUCGUUCGACGGUGAAAACGCGGGCACGGGCAAUAUAAUUGGCUCUAAUGCGAAUGAGCUUAACGAGUCCUCCAUGUAUUACAUGAACGUGAAGCCGGAAAUAAAGACGGAGCAGUGA